CUGAUUGGUCAGGGCCGCCCGGACAGCAAUGGUCGGUUAAGCCAGCAACAUAUUUGUGUUCCUGUGACAAGGAACAGCGAAGGAAAAAAAAACUGAAGAAGUUUCCGUAAAAUAUAUUUAUAAAUAUUUGUAUUUUAUAUAAGUAUUUUUUUUAUUUUAACUGCACACCUCGUCGUGUAUUUUAACCCCCCCGCUGCCUGAGAAGAAGUCAUUCUGAAGAUGAACUCCAAUGUGGAGAAUCUACCCCCCCACGUGCUACGCUUGGUCUACAAAGAGGUUUCAGCUUUAGUGGCAGACCCACCAGAGGGCAUAAAGAUCUAUCCCAGCGAUGAGGACAUAACAGAACUGCACACAGCCAUCGAAGGGCCAGAGGGAACUCCGUUUGCCGGCGGCGUUUUCCGAAUGCGCCUGGUCCUGGGCAAGGACUUCCCCGCCGUGCCGCCCAAGGGCUACUUCCUCACCAAGAUUUUCCACCCCAACGUCGGCCACAAAGGAGAAAUCUGCGUCAACGUCCUGAAGAGGGACUGGAAGGCGGAGCUUGGCCUCCGACACGUCUUACUGACUAUCAAGUGUCUUCUCAUCCAUCCCAACCCGGAGUCGGCCCUCAACGAGGAGGCGGGGCGCCUGCUCCUGGAGGACUAUGCGGAGUACGAGGCCCGCGCCCGUCUGCUCACAGAGAUACACGCCAUGGCGGGGCCCGGCGACCUCCCGGGGGCCGCCCAGGACCCCCAUGACAGCCCCCAGCCCAAGAAGCACGCGGGGGACCUCGCCAAGAGGGCGGGAGGCGGGGCGCCCGCGGUGCCCGCCGCCCUCGGGAACGGCGCCAGCGGGCCCAGCGUGAGCGUCAGCAGCAGCACGUCCAGCAGCAGCGUGGCCGUGAAGAAGAAAGCGGAUAAAAAGCGAGCGUUGAGGCGACUUUAAUGCUGCUGUGACCGUUGUUGGGUGAGUGUGUGUGCGUGUAUGUGUGUGUGUGUGUGUGCGUGCGUGCGUGUGUGUGCGUGCGCGCGCCCGUGUAAAUACCAAUAUCAAAGUUGCUCCUUUUUGGUUUUCCCUCUUUUAAAGGAACCACGCAGACUGUCCACUUUGUACCGUAGCUUUUUGACUUCCUCAUGCUAAAAGUCAUAAUAAAAUGAUGAAAUACGUCACUUUAA